GCAUGCAUUAUGCAGUCUGAUCGAUCAACAUUUUCGUAAAUUAGCACAAAAAUUUCCUACAGUGAAAUUUUUACGUGGUGAAGCUAGUUUAUGUAUACCAAAUUAUCCAUCAAGUAAUUUACCAUCAAUAUUGAUUUAUAAAUCUGGUGAUUUAAAACAUCAAUUAAUUGGUCCUGAUGCAGUUGGUGGAAAUGCAGUCACUUUAAAAA